AUGUCUCGGGUCUCGCGGAAGAGGCUGAGCCCAGAACCGUGCAUAGCUCAGUGGCGAAAGCCUGUCGCCAUCCUGGACCUCGGAAGCACGGCGCGCUGCGGAGCAGCUCUUGAUUCGGGAGUCUCGACAGGCUUUUGGUGCCCAUUCUUGGAGCCGGGACAGAGCUGGGCAGCUGGGCACCGCGCCACCGCGUCGUGCGAAGGCGAGGCCGCCACCGCACCGGCGACGAGGUCCAGAACAGAGCGAACGGAGCGACCAGCAGAGUUGCUCGAAGGGCUCCGCGCUGUGGUGCUCGUGGUGCUCGUGGUGGUGGUCAUGUUGAAGCUCCCCAAAACCUGUCGCUCCUCCCGAGGGACACUGCACAGAAUGGCACAUUGA